AUGAAAGAAAUUCCAACAUUCCACAAUCUCUCCCUCGAGAGGCAUGGGAAUGUAUUCGUUCUGACCAUGCAGAACCCCCCCGGAGAACCGGUUGAACUCAUUAUGAUCCGGGCCUAUCGCUCCAUAGAAAGAAUCCUGGGCUCCGACUCAGAAGGAGCAGUAAUUACGCGGGGCAAUGAUGCCAAAUUCUGGUGCACUGGACUCGAGUUAGAUGAAUCAGACCACAAUCCGUUUGCCAAUACAGACGGAUUCUAUCCACUCAUCCAUACGAUCCUCGACUUCCCAUUCCCAACAAUCGCCCUCUUGACUGGACAUACCUUCGGUGGGGCGUGUCCACUCGCCCUGGCACACGACUACCGAAUUAUGAACUCCCGCCGCGGUUUCAUCUCCAUGCCGCCUGUGAACCUGGGUCUGCACUUCGACGGGAUCGGCUCGCUGCCUCGUCUCAAGCUACGUCCGCAGAUUGCACGUAAGAUGUUGCUUGAGGCGCAUAAGUGGACUGGGCCUGAAGCACUGGAGGAUGGGAUUGUGGAUGCUGUUGCGGAGCCCGAGGAGAUGUUGAAUGUUGCUUUGGAAUUGGGGGCGAAGUGGGCGCCUAAAGCGAAGAUGGGGGUAUAUGCUUUGCUUCGUCAGGAACUUUGGGGGGAUGCUAUUAAGAAGUUUCAGCGUAUUAGUUAUGUUCAUAGUCGGGUGACUUCGGCGCCUGCUAAGGCCAAGAUUUGA